CCCUUAUUGACUCCUCCUCCCCUUCUUAUCUCUCUCUCGAUGCAAUUCCUCUCAGACCCAAUCCAACCCGCUCUCUAGGGUUUCUCCCACUUCAAUUUCACACCUCCGAUCCUCGAUUCCCAAUCACCCAAACCCUAGAAUUUCCGAUUAUAUGUGAUCGCAGCUCCGGCGAGAUGUAUAGCAAUUUCAAGGAGCAAGCCAUAGAGUACGUGAAGCAAGCCGUGCACGAAGACAAUAAUGGGAACUACGCAAAGGCGUUCCCUUUGUACAUGAACGCUCUCGAGUACUUCAAGACCCACCUCAAGUACGAGAAGAACCCUAAGAUCAAGGAGGCCAUCACCCAGAAAUUCACCGAGUACUUACGCCGCGCCGAGGAGAUUCGCGCCGUUCUCGACGACGGCGGCCCCGGCCCUGCCUCCAACGGCGACGCAGCCGUCGCCACCAGGCCCAAGACCAAGCCCAAGGACGGCGAAGGCGGCGACGGCGAGGAUCCCGAGCAGGCUAAGCUCCGGGCCGGGCUUAAUUCGGCGAUUAUUAGGGAGAAGCCCAAUGUCAAGUGGAAUGAUGUCGCCGGGCUUGAGAGCGCCAAGCAGGCCUUGCAGGAGGCCGUGAUUUUACCGGUCAAGUUCCCUCAGUUCUUUACUGGCAAGAGACGACCAUGGAGGGCUUUUCUAUUGUAUGGUCCUCCUGGAACUGGAAAGUCAUACCUGGCCAAGGCUGUUGCAACUGAAGCUGACUCGACAUUUUUCAGUAUUUCCUCUUCAGAUCUGGUUUCAAAGUGGAUGGGUGAGAGUGAGAAGCUAGUUUCGAACCUUUUCCAAAUGGCUCGAGAUAGUGCCCCAUCCAUCAUCUUCGUUGAUGAAAUAGAUUCCUUAUGUGGGCAGCGUGGAGAAGGCAAUGAGAGUGAAGCUUCUAGACGAAUCAAGACAGAACUUCUUGUGCAGAUGCAGGGUGUGGGAACCACUGACCAAAAGGUUCUUGUUCUCGCAGCGACGAAUACUCCGUAUGCAUUAGACCAGGCCAUUCGAAGACGUUUUGACAAGCGUAUAUACAUUCCCCUUCCAGAUGUAAAGGCUCGACAACAUAUGUUCAAAGUCCACCUGGGAGAUACUCCUAACAACUUGACAGAAAGUGAUUUUGAAAGCUUAGCUCGCAAAACUGAGGGAUUUUCGGGUUCUGAUGUAGCUGUUUGUGUCAAGGAUGUUCUCUUUGAACCGGUACGCAAAACUCAAGAUGCCAUGUUCUUUUACAAGAAUUCUGAUAAUAUGUUCAUACCUUGUGGACCAAAGCAACCAGGUGCCGUCCAAAUCACCAUGCAGGAGUUGGCAGCUCAAGGACUAGCUUCACAGAUCCUUCCACCUCCUAUUACAAAAACAGAUUUUGAUAAGGUACUUGCUAGACAGAGGCCUACUGUGAGCAAAGGUGACCUUGAAGUCCAUGAAAGGUUCACGAAAGAAUUUGGAGAGGAAGGUUGAUCAAUCAUCUGUAUCAAUAUCACAUUGAUCCACACUAGCCAGCAGUGCAAUUGCCGUGAUUUGUAUGUAUUAGUGUUGGAUCUAAUGGACUAAAUACUCUACAUUAGUUUCUUCAAUGAGGAAGGUGAUAUGACUUCCCUUUUUCUGUAUUGAAAUGGAAAUACUGGUGUUUGAUAUCGAGUUGCUUCUUUCAACUUGUGUAAAGUACAGUUUAACAUAUAUUUUAUUUUUAUUCAAGUGUUGAUACAUCAAAUAAUGUUUGUCGCCUGCA